AUGUCAACACCCAAAGCCAACAUCCUCCUAAUCGGCAGCGGCGGCGUGGGCACAAUCGCAGCCUUAAACCUCGAAGCAGGCAAACUAGCCCAAGUAACCGCCGUCCUACGCUCAAACUACCAAGCCGUAUUAUCCAACGGCUUCAACAUCACAUCCUGCGACCACGGAGUUCUAAAAGGAUGGAAGCCAACCACCAUAACAAAUCUUAUCCCCGAGACAAAACCCGAAUCCCCAAAAUAUGAUUACAUAGUCUGCACCACAAAAGUCAUCACCGAUUGUCCCCCGUCAACAGUCGAUCUGAUCAAGCCGGCCGUAACGCCAGGCCAUACUGUGAUCGUGCUAAUCCAAAACGGACUGAAUAUCGAAAAGCCCUAUUUCGCUGCUUUCCCUGAGAACAUUGUCCUCUCGGGGAUAAGCAUGAUUGAUUCGCACGAGGUUGCACCGGGAGUGAUUGAACAUGGGUCCGCGGAUGAUCUGGUCAUUGGUGCAUUCCGGAAUCCUAAUUUGGAUGUUGGGGUUGAAGCGGCAGCCGCAGAGCGCUUCGUAGGGUUGUACUCUGCGGCUGGGAAGACGAAAUGUAUAUUGGGACCAGAUGUGGAGUAUAGUCGGUGGAGGAAGUUGGUUUUUAAUGCGUGUUUGAAUCCGAUUUGUGCGCUUACGGGUUUGGACACAGGGCGUAUUCGGCUUGCGGGUGAUGCGGUUGACAUGCUUGUUAGACCUGCGAUGGAGGAGAUUCGGGCGGCGGCGAGGUCUGUCGGGGUGGAUUUGCCGGAGGAUGUCUGUGAGAAGGUUAUUGGGGCUUACCCUGUGACUAUGUAUCUGCCUCCGAGUAUGUUGGAGGAUGUUUGGAAGGGCAAUCUUGUUGAGGUCGAGAGUAUUGUUGGAGAACCACUUCGGGUUGGUCGUGCUAAUGGAGUGGCUAUGCCUACUCUGUCUGUUUUAUAUAAUCUGCUGAAGGGAGUUCAGUGGAGGACGAAGGAGAAGAGAGGGCUGAUUGAGAUACCGGCUCAGGGUAGUGAUGUCGCGGAUUCGUAA